AUGGAAGAAACAUCUCACCCUGUCGAAGCGCCUCAGGGCGACGGUGUCCAAGUCGAACUGCCCAUGGUCCCCGAACCUGACCCAGCAUUGAAUCCUGCGCCCACGCCGCAACCACUUGCCCCGAAAGUGCUGAUAACGUCGACCGUGAUCGACGCCACGCUGAAAUUCUUUGCAAAUGCCAGCAAUGAGACCCUCGGAGCCUGUGCGGUCGGCCUAUGUGCCUCUACGUAUCUAGUUCUGGGGAGAGUUGGGUUGGUUCUCAUCGGCGCAGUUGGCGGCAUCGUUCUUCAUGCCACUUGGGAGAAUCAGAAUGGUGGAAGAUCGGAUGUCGAGAAUAAAGAGAUCAACCGGAGAAGGAAAGAGCUGGGCAUCGAAGUCGCACAGAGAGUGCUGGACUGGCGGGAAAGGAGACAGAAGCCCAAGGACGACGAGGAUGACAGUCUCACUGACUCCAAGGUCGAGCUGAAGACGCUGGACUACUCCGACUUCGAACCUGAAACCAGAGCUGCCCUCACCAACCUGACCGAUGCUGUCAUGCGAGACUAUGUCAAAUGGUGGUAUAGUCCUCUGCUUCCCAAAGACCAGUCCUUCCCGACCAUGUGCAGGCAGACAUUUACCAGCUUCAUCCUCUCCUUCUCUAACCAUCUCUCCCGCAAACGGACUGCCGACCCUGUUCUAGACUUCUUCGCAAACUCGACUUCAAUUAUUAUUGUCUUCUUGAAUGAACUCUCUGCUGCUGUCAAGGCAUCGGCUAAUCAGGACGCGGAGACCGCCGUCAGGACAUAUCUUAAAUUUCAGCCAGAAAGCAACUUAGCCAACGUGCUGAGCAGGGAACAGCAAGAGCGAAAGCUCAACCUCGUGGCGGAUGAUAUCUUACAGAACUUCCUAGAGCCGAAGUCCUACAACUGUCCUCCGGUGAAAACAUUCCUUCGAGAGGUUUUAGCCGGGCUCGUUCUAGAAACCACGGUUGACAUGUGCUCGAAGCCGGAGUUUAUCAACGGCUGGAUUGUUUACCUGCUGCAGGAUGGCGAACCCGAACUCAUGAAUGUUAUCGAUGCUGGGGUAGAAGAUAUGAAUGAAGCCGUGUCGCAAGCCAAGGAGAACCGCGACCUCGGCCAGAAUCACAACCGGCGUAUGAGCAGGGCUGAAGAAGCCAUGCAAGAGGCUAUGCGAGAAGCUCAAAGACUAAACGAGAUGAUUGCGGAGGAUGAAGCCAGGCGAAAACGCGGAGUGGCCCCCAGCGAGCCAGAAGAAACCAGUUCGGUCGCAACCAAUGAUGUCGGAUUCGUUACGCCGACCUCGUCGGACAGUGAUCGGAAUCGGCAUGGAGAACAGUCCCUGGACACAUCCUUGGUGUUCGACAAUGACGGCAAUGCCUAUCAUUCGUCAACCCCAAGCCCGAGCAAAGAGCAGGAGUCCUUCACCAAUUUUGAUCAGUUGGCGGAGACCGUGCCGAACGUGCUCCAACCCGUAUCGACUGCUCCAGCGCCCGUCGAGACCAUGAUGGCGAUUCCAUUGACAUUACACAACGCAUCGAUCACCAUUCUUGACCUUGGCGACCUUAACGAACGAACCACGUUCCGACAGAAACCGAACAAUGAAUAUUUGCUGCAAAUCGAACCGGCAUCACAUCGCUAUCCUGGCUGGAUGGUCUCCCGCAAGUACACAGAAUUCGAGCCUCUUCAUCAGACUUUAACCACGAUAGCCCGCAUCUCAGGCGUACCAGAAUUCGGGCAAAAAUAUCCGAACGUGCCAACUUGGAGAGGCCAGACAAGCUCGACACUGUCCCAAAGCUUGGAGGCCUACCUGAGAUUCGUUGUCAAAUAUGAACCAUUGGCCGAGACAGAAGCUAUGAAGAAAUUUCUUGACAAAGAAACUGGCCUUCAAAAGGCGCCCUCCCAGAGCAAGAAUGUUCUAGUCCAAGGGGGUGCAGCCCUGGAAAACGUUGGCAAGAACUUCAUCAAUGUUUUGGGACAGGGUGGAAAAAACAUUGCCGGUGGGGGCAAGGCCGUCUUGGGGGGCGUGCAGGGUGUCUUUGGCGCCGUGGCAACGGGUGUUGGGGGAGCGCCAAAAAGGUUCAUUUCAGCAAGACCUACGCCGUCAAGAAACCAUACGGGACAAUCCUCCAUUUCGGUUGCGCGAUUGAGUCAGGAACUGCCCCGACAGAGCACCGACAGUGCCGAGCCCAAGCCACCACCAUUGCCAGCGAGACCCGGUGCGGAAGUCGCACCUCAAGAGGAAAAUCCUCAAUCACCGAUCAGGCUAAAUGAAUCGGCUCGUCAAUCAGAAGAGAUCAUAUCGAUGCCGCCGCCACCAAGUGUCAUCUCAGACGACUACCAACCUAUAACCCUUCCCAAACCGGAGACGCCGCCACGAUCCCGACAAGAUACAAUCACGGCCAAUCCAUCAACGCCUGCUCCGUCAUUAAGACGGGAAGAGUCAAGCUAUCUGCCCUCCACGACCAAUGCCCCAGCCAAGACACCCUCGAAACGAACAAAGAAGGAUAUCCCCGUCUCGGAAGAGGAGACCCGCAUCUUGAUAGAACUUAUCUUCGCCAUUCUUACUGAGCUUUACUCCCUCUCGGGUGCGUGGUCAAUCCGCCUGUCCCUGUUAGGGGCCGCCAAGACAUUCCUCCUCCGUCCAAACAAUCCGCAACUCGAUUCGAUUCGCGUUCUACUGCAAGAAAGCGUUCUCGAGACUAAUUUCUCGGACAAAGGAAUCGCCACCCACAUCAACACUCUGCGGUAUAACACCCUGCCAACUGCAGAAGAGACGGCGACUUGGCCCAAAGAGUUGACAUCCGAGGAGAAGGAGAAGCUGCGUCUCAGAGCGAGGAAGUUAUUGAUUGAGAGAGGUAUGCCGCAAGCCUUGACGAGCGUGAUGGGCACUGCCGCCAGUGGAGAAGCACUGGGAAAGGUGUUCGACUGUUUGCAGAUGGAAAAUGUAGCGAGGGGUUUGAUCUUUGCGCUCUUGUUGCAGGCUAUCAGGGCUACAACGCAAUAG